AUGUUUCUUGCUCUUAACUAUGGCGGCAUUAAGAGACCUAAGUCCAUGCCAGCUAUAGUCAUCCGUUAUCGUGGAAUAACGGAGUACCUGGAUACAGCUUCAAACGGAUUUUAUUAUCAGUUAGAAGGAAACCAAGGGUGGAAGAAAAAAGUGGAUUCUGAUGAUGAUUUUGCCGGUACACACCAUCAUUAUCACAGCAUACCGCCUGCGCAGGGGCAAAAAUCUAUGGUUACGCCGGUACCUCUAACCCCACAUCCUUCUUAUCAGCCGAAAGCCCGCAACCAGAAAGCAAUGAAUACAAAUCCACCACAAAGCACACUGGUAUUGAGUAUUGGUGAUCCCUUUCAAUACCCGGUUGUGCUGUUAUGCGAUUAUAAUCUUAUUCUACCUUUACAUGCUCUUUCACAUUUAACGCCAGAAUGA